AUGUGUCUCCCUCGACUGUCACAUACGGCCCUCCCCGUUCUGACGACCCUGAUCGGCUCUGGAGCUCUCAUUGUCGGCUUAUGGAGCUUCAUAUCUCCAGAAUCAGCGGCAGCAGCCUUCGGGGGCUACAUGGUACGGGCAAUGGAGGCGUCAUCGAGUCCGUCAAAGGCCGAUAGCUCGAGACAUAUGGUAUACAUCUAUCCCCAUGGCAUCCGCAACCUUGCCCUAGGGCUAUCGAUCCUGGCUCUUACGGCGUAUUGGCAAUUUGGGCGAUGGAGCCGGAGCUCGGCCGUCGUUCGAUUGACAGUGCAAAGAUGCCUGGGUAUUGUCAUCACCGCAAACGCGUUGACACCGAUCGUGGAUGCGGGGGUGAAUCUGUGGGCUGCAGAGGAAGGUAAAGAAGGGGACGUCGACAGGAAUGCUGCGCGGUUGCACGCGACGAGGUCGGUCUUUUGGAUAGUAGGUGGUCUCUGGUGCUUGUUCGGAUGA